AUGCGUUUUCAAGAGAGCGUGGCUAUCCGAAAUCUGGCCUACGGCCUUGCGAUUCCAGAGAUCAUUCUCUCCACCAAUGCCCUCUCCACAUCUGAGGAUCUGAUUCGCGAGACUAUCAGCGUUCAGAAUUCAGCAAGCCUAGUUCUGCCAGCCAUAAGUUGGGUGGCAUUCGCUUUAGGGAUUCUUUCUUUGAUUUUAUUGAGGCGUUUCGACUGGGAUGGACUAGCGAAGGCUACCCAGAUUCUCCUCUGGGGAUCUACAGCGUGCUCUUUCGCUGCAGCUUGGUCGGUGACAUACAUUGUUGCGGCGAUGGAUGCUGCAACAACUGGAUCUAGACAAGCUAGGAUUGUCAAAGGGCCUGCUCUUAUGGCUCUUCAGUGGUCAACGUUUGCAUUUGUAAUUUUCAUUACUUGCUUGGUGCAUAUCAUUACCACUAAUCCUGCAUCUUCAGCCAAGGCAACAUCAAAACCUUCGACUCCACCAACCCAGCCUCCUCCCCCAAAGGGACCUCCCCCUCCAACGAGGCCCCCCCCAUCGAAGGUUUAA